AUGUCGGACGGCAGAUCGGAUUCGGGGCUGGGCCUACGUUUUCUCGAUUUGAAUGACGAUGAGGACGACAACAGCCCAUGCAAAGCCUUGCGCCGCACCAGGAGCCAUUCCAGCAAAUCGGGUCCCGUAACGCCGCAUGCUUCUUCACCGCAAAUCUCAACGCCGUCUCUUCCCUCAUCGAUGAGCUCUCGGGGCUUCUCACCUCUCUCACCGACUCCUCGCCAGCAAUUUUCAACGCCUGGUCAACAGUUUUCGACGCCAGUGGCCAAGAGCCCACUGGCGCGCUCAUGGACCGAGGAUGAUCUCACUACCUCAACUCAUUCGAAUGCGACUGAGAAGACGAAUGAGAACACUGAAAAUACUCGGGAUACUCUCGGUCUCAUCCAGCGACUCAACGACUUAGCGCAAAAGCUCCUUGCGGGCGAAGAUGUUCCUGACACCAACGUUAGCGCCAUGCACGGCAAGCUUGACGAGAUUGAUUCAGUCUUAGCCGGAGAGCCGCCUCAAGCAACACCGCAGGGCAAGCCGAAGAUGUGGCCGGCGGACGCACGGAGUGUCGAGCACGAGUCCUUGUGGACUUCGCCCUCGCCGUCAUGGUUCCGGUCGGGCCUCUCGGAAAUCUCACCGUCCUUCCGGAGCUCAUUCAGAAGAGACACGCCCUCGCCCGAACCUACCGUUGAAAAAAAGCCUGCGGUUGAUACUUUCCGCAUCGCAUCUGAAGCAGCGAAACUCAACACGGAACUAGAAACCCUCGUCACAAACCUCAAGGCCCGUCAGGAAGAAUCAGAGCAUAUCCACCAACUUCUCGUAACCCGCGCAGAACGCGCAGCACAAAGAAUCAUUUUCCUUCAAGGAAGAGUACAGGACUUGGAAGAAGAACUCCAAGAAAACGACUCGGAACUCAGCUACCUGCGCCUCGGCCUCAAGGCUAUAGAAGUGCAGUGCCCAACAGAUUUUGACGACGACCUCGCCCAGAGCAUUCAGAACUGGAAGACUGACUGGACUGCCCUCAAACGAAAACGCGCCAAGCACAAGAGCUACGACCGCUCCGCUUACAGCACACCCGUGGGCACGCCGUUGCGGCGGUGA